AUGGCGAAGGGUCUGCGGGGCUGCUUGUGCACCAUGCUGCUGCUGCUGUGUGCUGUGCAGGAGCUGGGGUGCUGGGCCAUGCACACAGCAGGGCAGGGCUCUGACCCUGGGGAGCCCGGGGACCCUGCCCUGCUGGCCGGAGGGAGAGUGAAGCGUGGCUGGGUCUGGAACCAAUUCUUUGUGGUGGAGGAGUACACGGGCACGGAGCCGCUCUAUGUGGGGAAGAUCCACUCAGACUCGGACGAGGGAGACGGCUCCAUCAAGUACACCAUCUCCGGGGAGGGCGCGGGCACCAUCUUCCUCAUCGACGAGAUCACAGGGGACAUCCACGCCACCGAGCGCCUGGACCGGGAGCAGAAAACCUUCUACACACUGCGGGCACAGGCCCGGGACAGACAGACGGACCAGCUGCUGGAGCCCGAGUCAGAGUUCAUCAUCAAGGUGCAGGACAUCAACGACAGCGAGCCGCGCUUCCUCGAGGGGCCCUACAUCGGCAGCGUGGCCGAGCUGUCCCCCGUCGGCACCUCUGUGAUGCAGGUGAUGGCCUCUGAUGCCGACGACCCCACCUAUGGGAGCAGUGCCAGGGUGGUCUACAGUGUGCUGGAGGGGGAGCAGCACUUCACUGUGGACAGCAAAACAGGUGUGAUCCGCACGGCCGUGGCAGACCUGGACCGCGAGACGCAGGACCGCUACGAGGUGGUGAUCCGUGCCACAGACAUGGCAGGACAGCUGGGGGGGCUCUCUGGGUCCACCACGGUCACCAUCGUGGUCACUGAUGUCAACGACAACCCGCCACGCUUCCCUCAGAAGAUGUAUCAGUUCAGCAUUGUGGAGACGGCCCCCGUGGGCACUGCCAUCGGGAGGGUGAAGGCAGAGGACUCUGACGUCGGGGAGAACACGGACAUGACAUACCAAGUGAAGGAUGAGGAAGGGGUGGAGAUGUUCAAAGUCACCACGGACAGCAAUACCCAAGAGGCUGUCAUCACAGUGCAGAAGCCUCUUGACUACGAGUCAAAAAAAGUGCACACUGUGGUGGUGGAGGCCCUCAACAAGUUCGUGGACCCGCGGUUCGUGGACCUGGGCACCUUUCGGGACCAGACCAUCGUGAGGGUCUCAGUGCUGGACGUGGAUGAGCCCCCCGAGUUCCGGCCCCCCUCCAACCUGCUGGAGGUGCAGGAGGAUGCACACGUGGGCUCUGUCGUGGGGGUGGUCACUGCCCUGGACCCGGACACAGCGAACCACCCCGUCCGGUACGCCAUCGACCGCAGCACGGACGCCGAGAGGAUCUUCGACAUCGAUGCCAAAACAGGGGCAAUUGUGACAGGAAAGGUCCUGGACCGGGAGACAGCAGGGUGGCACAACAUCACUGUCCUGGCCAUGGAGGCAGAUAACCACUCCCAGGUGUCGAGGGCCUCUCUCCGUAUCCGAAUCCUGGACGUCAAUGACAAUCCACCUGAGCUUGCCACCCCCUAUGAAGCUGCUGUGUGUGAGGAUGCCAAGCCAGGCCAGCUGAUCCAGACAAUCAGCGUUGUGGACCGGGACGAGCCUCAGAGCGGGCACCGUUUCUACUUCACACUGGCGCCUGAGGCCACCAACAACCACCAUUUCUCUCUGCUGGAUAUCCAGGACAACACGGCAGCGGUGCACACGCAGAGAGUGGGCUUCAACCGCCAGGAGCAGGACGUGUACCUGCUCCCCAUCCUGGUGGUGGACAGUGGCCCCCCAGCCCUGAGCAGCACAGGGACCCUGACCAUCCGUGUGUGUGGCUGUGACAGCACCGGGGCCAUCCAGUCCUGCAACAGCACCGCCUACGUGGUGUCAGCCACGCUGAGCCCCGGCGCCCUCAUCGCGCUGCUGGUCUGCAUCCUCAUCCUGGUUGUGCUGGUCCUUCUGAUCCUCACGCUGAAGCGGCACCACAAAAGCCACCUGACCUCUGAGGAGGACGAGGACAUGAGGGACAAUGUCAUCAAAUACAACGAUGAAGGAGGUGGUGAGCAGGACACAGAGGCCUAUGACAUGUCAGCCCUGCGCAGCCUCUACGACUUCAGCGAGAUCAAAGCUGGUGAUGGAGGUGGGGGGCCAGGAGAGGGGGGCCCAGGCAGAAACCCAUCCUCGGAGCUCCACGCCCUCCCCCAGUGGGUGCAGAGCCCAGACCUGGACUUCUCUGUGUUCAGAGACUAUAUCUGCAGGAAGGUGGAGCAGGCGGAUGAGGACCUCUCUGUGCCGCCCUAUGACUCGUUCCAGACCUAUGCCUUCGAGGGCUCGGACUCGCCAGUGCCCUCCCUGAGCUCCAUCAACACCUGGUCCAGCGGCUCGGAGCAGGACUUCUCCUACCUGGGGGGCUGGGGGCCGCGGUUCCGGCAGCUGGCAGCGCUGUACGCGGGGCGCCGGGGCGGCGAGGACAGCGAGGAGUCCUAG